CACAUCUCGUUCGUUUUUCGUCGCGAAAAAAUGGUGGACGUGGGACGUGGCUGAUUCAGGCGAGUUUUUUUGGUUUACGGUGGUGAAUUUUAAGAUUUAAUUCGCACUUAUUGUGGAAAAUUAGAAAAGACGUGAUUAUAUUUAAGUGGAUUCUUAUUGAACGGUGCUUUGGGUAGAUUCCGUUUUUGCUAUCCAGGAGCUACUGGGUGAAAGUAGCGAAAUUGCUAAAAUCCGUAGUGCAGUGGUUGGAUUAAGACAGUGAUGAUGUCGGAAGUGCUGCCUUCAGGGAAAGCAGGACUGCCUGCGGCCAAUUCCGCCGCCACAGGGACGGUUUCAACUCAAUUGGAACCCGACAUGAAAGGUUGGCUGCUAAAGUGGACAAACUACCUCAAGGGAUAUCAGAAGCGGUGGUUUGUUCUGUCCAAAGGGGUACUAUCCUAUUAUAGGGCUGAACACGGAGCCGGAGCGAAUGCAGGGGGCAGGAGUGCCGGGGGCAAAUUAUCUAUCCGACGUCGCAGGAAAGGCCCCCGAGCGGAGAGCAAAGGAUCCAUGAUGCAAUGUAUUCGAGCGCCUCGCUCACCUACUAGACAGAAUACCCCAUCUGAAUCGAAAAAAGACAGAAAGAAACACAAAAAAAAUCAAGCAGAGAUGACACACACUUGUCGCGGUACAAUAUCCCUCCAUGGCGCCCUUAUCCACACUGUGGACUCCUGUACGUUUGUGAUAUCGAAUGGUGGAACCCAAACGUUUCACAUUAAAGCUGGAAACGAAGUGGAACGACAGUCCUGGGUAACUGCAUUAGAGCUGGCCAAAGCGAAAGCAAUACGCGCCAUGGAAAGUGACGAUGAGGAAGAAGAAACAGCAGCCAACACGAUACCUAGCGAGGAACUCAUCUUAGUAGUAAGGGAGUUAACUGUUAGAUUAGAAAAUUUAAAGACAUGCUACGAUCUGAUAACUAAGCAUGGUGCAGCAUUGCAGCGCGCCUUAUCGGAGCUGGAAUCCGGUGAAGAUCUAGCGAAUAAAAACAAGAUAGUCAGUGAACGUGCAACGUUGUUCCGAAUAUCCUCCAAUGCCAUGAUAAAUGCUUGUUCGGAUUAUUUACAAACAGCGCAGACCCAGGGUCAUAAAUGGUCCAAGAUGUUGCAGCACGAACGUGAUCAGAAACUUCAUCUGGAAGAAAUGGUCGAACAAUUAGCUAGGCAACACUCGCACCUCGAACAAGCAGCACAUCGCCAUAGACCGAAUGCAGCAACUUCCGCUUCCGAUGACGAAGACAAUGAGUUCUACGAUGCACAAGAGGAAGGUGGUUCCGUCGCUUCACAGGAGGAUAGUUCGUUCAUAUUGAAAAUUCCGGUUGCUAAUCACCGACGUAACUCCAACGACGCUACGGGUAGCUCCUCAGAGGGCGAAGAAGGCAAUAGUGAAACACAGCAAGUAUUAGUAGUCACCGAUAAUCUAGACAAUAUGGACAUGACGGAUAGAAUAUCUGUUAACAGUAGUCAAGCACUAACACCAACCCUUUUCAAUAACAACCAAUCCACAAAGGUGGUACGGAGGCGACGAACACGUGUACCAGACAAACCCAACUAUCCGUUGAACCUGUGGUCUAUCAUCAAGAACUGCAUCGGUAAGGAUCUAUCGAAAAUUCCGAUGCCGGUUAAUUUCAACGAACCGCUCUCGAUGCUUCAAAGAUUAACCGAGGAUUUCGAAUACUCGGAAAUUUUGGACAAGGCAGCUCAGUGCAAAGAAACUUGUGAGCAGCUAGCAUACGUAACCGCAUUUACCAUCUCGAGUUAUUCGACCACUAGUAAUCGCACUGGUAAACCAUUUAAUCCACUUCUUGGCGAAACGUACGAGUGUGACCGGACAGAUGAUCUCGGUUGGAGGUGUAUCAAUGAACAGGUAUCUCACCAUCCACCCAUGGCAGCACAAUACUGUGAGGGUCGGGGUUGGAGAUGUUGGCAGGAGUUCACAAUGACCUCCAAAUUUCGUGGCAAGUAUAUUCAAAUAGUUCCGCUUGGGUACGCGCACGUUGAAUUUCCUGCGACUGGUAACAAAUUCACUUGGCGCAAGGUAACCACUACGGUACACAAUAUCAUCGUUGGAAAGCUCUGGGUUGAUAACCACGGAGAUAUGGAAAUAUUCGGCGAAAAGAAUGCCCGAGGAGUGAAAUGCCAUCUAAAAUAUCUACCCUAUUCAUACUUUACGAGAGAUACACAGCGUCGUGUGAAGGGUGUAGUGAUGGACAAUUCCAACCAGGUCAAAUGGGUGAUAAACGGUACCUGGGACAGCAAAAUCGAAAUUGCACCAGUAACUUCCACUAGUGGCUCUGUUGAAAAUCCUGUCUACAAGACGGGCAACUAUAAAACGGCCUGGAGUAGGCGAUUACCGCCAACUGAUUGUGAUAAAUACUACAACUUCACGUUGCUUGCCUGCCAACUGAACGAACUCGAGCCUAACGUUGCACGCACAGAUACGCGUUUGCGACCCGAUCAGCGGUUAAUGGAGGAAGGCAAGUGGAACGAAAGUAAUGGGGAAAAACUAAGACUGGAAGAAAAGCAACGAGCGCGACGACGUGAACGUGAGGCUGAGGCCGAGAAGGCUGCGGCAGAAGGCCGACCCUAUCCGCCAUACGAACCGGUCUGGUUUAGUAAACAGCAAGAGGAAGGCACCGAUAAUCUGGUGCACGUGUUCAAGGGAACCUAUUGGGAUGCCAAGGUGAAGCAGGAUUGGUCCAAAUGCCCCGAUAUUUUCUAGGAAGUUGUAUAAUCUUGUACAUUGUUUUUUUUUUUCGGUUAUGUAAUUUGGAAAUGUUUGCUUUAUUGAUAGGUUUAGUACUAUGUAUGAAAGAGGUGAACGGAUGAAUCAAAUGGAUGGUUUUAUUUGCAAUAUAUUGCUAAUUAAUUUAAUAAAAGCGUAGCGAAACGAAAAAUAUCGAGGUGUUAUUUGUAAUACAUUUUCUGGACUAAUUGUUUAAUGCAUCUUUUGAAGAAUAAAUAUAGCAACACGAACGUUUGUUCUUCUUUAGUUCCUGUUUUUGUUGGCAUUACCAAAUACUACUACUACUGUUACAACAACAAUCAAUUACCAAGACAAAACAAAUGCCGGAUUAGAAAUAUCAGCUAAUAUUGAAGAACAACACAAAAUAUUGAAGGGAAAGCAUUCAGAAAUUAUGAGAGUGGUCUUCGAAUUGAUAUGAUAGCAUUCAAAUGAUAACUGUGACUCUCUCUCUUUGAGACGUAAACUACAACAAAUUUUGGGAUACCUUUACCUAAGCACUAUUACUAUUGCUAGCAAAUUACAUUAUUACUAUUAUACAAAAAAAGUGGAGUACGAAUAGAUUGGUAACUGGCGGCAUGUAAAAUUAUAAAGUAUCGUACCUAAAUGUUAAAACAUGGUGCAGAGUUUAGCUGGUAGACAAUGGUUAUCCUAAAUCUUGGUUCAAAAAGGUGAUUCAAAUCGUUCGAUUGCUUUAUGUUUUUCUCAACUCUUAUGCUGCUUAUCAUAACUGAAACGUUAAUCUUCUAUAUUGUCCAAGCUGUUUCGAUUGUAAAGCAAAACUAAACACUGAAUGUCAAAUUCCAGAAAGCAAAGAUUUCCUACCACAAACAAAUAGCAAUCCGUCAUCGAGAAAGAAAGAAAAAACUCACUCAGUUCAAGUAACGGAUAAACACGGCAAAUUAUACAUUUAAAACAAAACAAACUAGAUAAAAUAGUUUAGACAAAUUACUUGACAAAAAGGAAUAACAAAUACGAAGGAACGAAACCCUUUCUGACUAAUGAUGUGAAUUUAACGAAAUAACAGGUUAAACAAUAUUCGAAUGAAAACCAUAAAUAUACAAAGAAACUUUAUUCAAAUGUCAUGAAAAUUAAAACAGAGGAAACAUAAUAGGACAGAAAUUACUAGUUGUUACGCUUAUGAAGCUAUUAAUGAAAAUAUGAAGUAAAAUAAAACAAUGAAAAUGUUUUAAACCAAA